AGAAAUAGAAUCCAUUCAGUCAAUCCGGUCUCACCCUGCCCUGCCCGCACCAUCUUCUCCAUCUCUCUUAGCUUUGUUUUCUCCGAUCCGAUCCAUGGCCUUGGUGCCUCGGCCGGUGGUCUGCGAGUUGAAGUCGCAGACGCCGCCGCUCCAGAAGGCGGAAGCGGUUUCCGUUCCCAAUUAUAACAACAAGGUGAGAGUGGCGGUGGAGGGGAGUGAGUAUAACGGCAAAAUUGUGUUGCAGCCACGGAUGUGUACUUUGAGAUCGUUUGCCUCUGAUCCCGUCGGAGUCAUCAAGACCAGUUCCGUGGCCGCCGGAGACAACGACGAGGUCUCCACGUUUUUCGCAACGCUGUCGGAUUACAUAGACAGCUCCAAGAAAAGCCAGGAUUUUGAGAUCAUUUCCGGCCGUCUCGCCAUGAUAGUGUUUGCGGCGACGGUGACGACGGAGGUUGUGACCGGAAAUUCAUUGUUCCGGAAGAUGGAGUUAGAGGGGAUCGCUGAAGCGGCGGGGGUUUGCUUAGGAGCCGUGACUUGUGCCGCCAUUUUUGCCUAUUUUUCCAGCGCCCGUAGCAGAGUGGGGCGGAUCUUCACGCUGGGCUGCAACACCCUCAUCGAUUCGCUCAUCGAUCAGAUCGUCGACGGUCUCUUCUACGACACCGAUCACAAUGAUUGGACUGACGAAAUCUGAAAACUUCCUUCAACAAUCAAUCAAUUCAACGAAAUAUAUAUACCGCGCUAGCUAGCUAGCUACUAGUAUAGGAUAUUUGGACUAAUAUAAAUUAAAGCUAGCGUAUAUAGUAGUAUGUAUAAUUUACCGGCCACUCUCCGAUCCGGUGAUAGCUGCGCUGCGGUGUUCCCUCAUCACCCAAAAUCUCUUUUGAUGGAUGGAUAAUGGCGGCAGGUUUCCUUCUUCACCCAAAGCCACCGUAAGUUAAAGCUGUAUGUUUGGCGUAAAAUUUUGCAAUUAAUUAUAGAAAUAGAAGCUUAAAGUACUCUUGCAUGCUUCAAUUUGCUUGUAAAUAUAAUCAUACUGUACUGCAAAUACUUUCCAAGCAAGUAUUAAUGGAAAAUUAAUUAUUUAAUUGA